AUGGCCGGCAACCGGCCAGAGACGAGGGCCGACGGGGUCGACCUCUCCCAACCACCGCAAGAGUCUUCUCCUCCACCAAAUCCGCCGCCGUUGGCCAAAGGCCAGCUCUACGGCGGCGCCUCCCGCCCGCAGCCUAAGAAGAGCUGCCGACACCGCCGCGGCUGCUGCUGCCGGUGCUGCCUCUGGACCACCGUCGCCCUCCUCGUCCUCCUCCUCAUCGUUGCCGCCGCCGCCUCCUUCUACGUCCUCUACCGCCCCCACCGCCCGACUUUCACCGUCACCUCCCUCAGAGUCUCCUACAUUAACAUCACCUCUUCGUCCUCCACUCUCAGCUCCAAGUUCGACCUCACGGUCUCCGCUCGGAACCCCAACAGCAAGCUCGUGCACAUCUGCAGCCCGAUUUCGGUGUCGGUCCUCAGCGCCGACGGCGUCGUCGACUUGGGCGACGCGACGAUCCCGUCCUUCGUGCACGGGAAGAAGAACACGACGGUGUUGAAGACGUCGAUCGCGAGCAACGGCCAGCAAGUGGACAGCGGUUCCGCGAGCACGCUGAAGUCGGGCCUGAAGAGCAAGAGCGGGCUGGCCUUGAAGAUCAGGCUGGACACGAAGGUGAAGGGCGGAGGCUUGAAGACGACGAGAGUUGGAAUCCGAGUCACCUGCGGCGGAAUCAGAGCGACCGCUCCGGCCGCCGGGAAGUCUGCAGCAACGGCGUCGACGGGGAACGCGAAGUGCAAGAUAGAUACCAGGAUCGGGAUCUGGAACUGGACGCCGUAGGAAAGUGAAAAAUUACUGUUUGUCAUAUUUUUCUCAGAAUAUAGAAAAUUGUUCAAAAAUACUUUUCUUUUUUAAUUUGUGUGUGUGUAUUUUUUGGCUGGUGACGUGGGGAUUGAUCGUAUUAGGAGAAAGAAAAAUGGGCACUAAA